GCCACCUGUCACGAUUUAAAAACAACAAGAAGAAGAAGCUCGUUAGCAGUUGUGAGCACUGCAGUGCACCAAUCAGCAGGGGAAUAUGAACGAAAUAAAGAUGCCAGUUAACAGCUGUUGGUCUGAUCCCCUCUGCACGGGCUCGUAACCAUGUCCACAGAUGACAGUAUUUCUGAGGAUGUGUCCAGCUCUGGAGCUUUGAGCCACUGCCACGUCAGUCCCGAUGGGGAUGUGUGUAAGGAAAGCGAGACGUCGUUGGUAUCCUCAGAGGAGAUAUCAGCCUCGGGGCUGGCCGUGUCAGAGCACAGACAUGCAGUCUCCAAAACAACAGGAGCCUCUGUGGAGAGCAGGCAGAUGGACGUCACACCAGCAUGCAACAAGAUCAGGAGUCUUUGUCUGAGCACAGAUGAAGCAUUUUCUCAAGGGAAGAAUCUUCCAUUCAUCAAUCCAAGCUCCUUGGAGACCCUCAGAGCACUGGUGCAGGAAAUCCAAAGUAGUGGUGAGACAGACCCUGAAAUCUGGAAGGACUGUGAGGGUCGAUGGUUGCAUCUGUUUCAGCUGGUGGAGAAGCAAUACCAAGAGCAAAUACUUGCUCAACAAGAACAAUACCAGUGCCAAAUACAGUUAAUUCAGGAUGAAAUUAAAGCCCUGGUUCAACUCCAGAACCGCCAGGCACAUGCAGAUUUCUCUCCAACUUUGGUAACCAAGACAACCACCACCAAGGAAUACACUUUGCCCAGUGACUGCACAAUCUCCAAAAAUGUUCUCACGGACAAUGAUGGCUUGGCAGUUCCUGCCCAUACUCCCUUUAGUUCCGCUUCAUCUCCACUCCACCAACCAGAGGCUGCCAAUCAAGGAGAUGACCGGGUGGCCACAGUGCUCAGCAGUGGUUAUGGGACUCUGUCCUCUUGGCAGGCAGGUCCAAGACCUGCUGGAUCUCCAGAGGAAGAGGGCAAUGGUCAUCAAGUAGGGGAGCAGCCUCACUGGUCUUCUAAGCUACCAGAUGACUCAGAGGUAACUGUGAUGGGGUUUCAGCAGGAUGGACCUCAUCAAAGGAAUGUUGAAGCAGAGGCACAGAACCCUUUAGUCCAUCAGCAGAGAAUCUGUGGCAACCAGCCUUUGACCUCCUGGGCCCAGCGGCAGAAACUCAGGGCAGAGAAGACUAAGACAGGACAAAGUUCUCCUCAAAUCCCAGAGUACCAGGAGGACUGCUGUAUCACCAGAGAAUCCCACAAACAAAGUCCACUGGAGAACAGAGACUCCCAGGAACAGCAUCGACCAGCCGGGCCGCCAUCCAGCUCAUGUUCCCUCAGGAGGAGUGACAGCCUGUUGUCUGAGACAUCAGGUCUUACUUACUGGCAUCGAAAUGAGAAUGACCUAUAUCACCCUCUACCAGACAGCAUUGGCAGUGGCACAUACUUCUUUCUUCAAGAGGCGUCCACGAAUCUUACUCCACCUCAAGAGCCUCAGUUGUCUCUCAAAGAGAUCUAUCAAAACAAGCAAAGAACAGGCUAUAAGCAUGCAGACUGUGAAGUCUCUGUUACAUCCAGCCCAUUGUCACCACAGGUCUUGACUUUGGACCAAGAUGCUAACUUGAGGCAUUCAGAUUGUACCUCUGGCUUCACUUCGCCUUCUAAUUUCAGCAGUCCUGCACUCACCACGCAGCCCAAUUUCUGUCCCAGAGCAGCAACUCCUGUAACCCCAGACAGUAUGGUUGAGUGCAGUCCAAACACUGGAGGUACUGAUUGUAUCUCUGAUACCUCCUGCAUUUCAGGAGCUGGACCUUGCCCUUCUAAGGUGAAAAACACCUGGGGAAAUGCAUCCCAGACAGUCCUCCAUAAUACCCAGGACAAGUCCCAGUCCUUCUCUCACACAGCAAACAAGCACCAAGGAACCAGCGCCCCUUUAGCCAGCGAGGAGGAGGGAAGUCACACCCACACCAGCACGCUGAAGCCAGCUGACUGUGCAGCUUUACAGCCAGCAACCAGCACACACGUGGACGAUCCUGUUGUCCUCUCUCUCAUAAGGCAAAACCUGAGAGAGAAGCACUCCAGACACGUGGCUGAUUUGAAGGCUUAUUAUGAGUCUGAGAUCCGGAUGCUACGAGACAAACUUAAGCUCAGAGGUCUACCGAAGGACUUGGAGAAGAGCAACCAAGUCUUGUCUGACAGAUGUAAACAUCUUGAGAAAUCUCUGGCUGAAGCUGUCGCUCGUAUUCAGGACCUAGAGGCAAAAAACAGCUCACUGGAAAAGAAACUGGCAGAGUGGCCAGAGCGCUAUGCUGUAGCAGGGGCUGCUGUGAAGUCUUUGCAGCAGCGACUAGAAGAAAGCAAGCAUUCCAGCAAAGAGAAGGACACCCUGGCAGCACGCUUGAAGACCCGUGUACAGCAGCUGGAAGAGGCAACACAGAAAGCCUGUCGGGAAGCAGAUGAGAAGGAGGCUCGCAGGGAGAGAGAGUCCAAGAUGUUGCAGAAUUUGCUUGCAGAUUAUGACUCUUUGGUGAAAGAGCAUGAAGGAGUGAAGAACAACUUGAUUUCAACAGAGAACAAGCUUGUUGAUGCCAACGAUGAGAUAUCUGAGCUGAAGAGGGUCAUCUCCAAACUGGAGUUUCAGGUGAAGCAGCUGGAGCAUGAGAACCAGGCCAGGGCUCGUUUUCCUUCUCACAGUAGUGGACAACCCUCUGGGGCCGGUCUUUUCCAUCAUCCUGACCUGCUGCUGUCUCCCAGCAAAUGCAAGGCUGAGCCAGAUGUCACCUACAGGAAGCCACUCGGUCUUCUUUCUGACCAGCUAAAUGGCUUCAGAAAAUCACCUUUCCCUCAGACCAACCAAUCGACUGGCCACAAGCAGUCAUAUUGCUCAUUACGUGACCAAUCAGCAAAGACUGGAACCCCCGUGGACGACUGUUCAGCUGCUGGCAGCUGGAGGUGUUCCUCUCCCCCUCAGUGUGAAACUGUCCAGGCUCAGACCAGGCACCAAGACCAGAUGUUUGCUAAACAGGAGUCUGUUCAGAGAGAAGGAUCGUGUGCCCUUACCCCAAUGAUGAGGGCCUUGAUAGAGUUGGAGGAGACCAGAGCAACAGCAAGUCGAGCUCCAUGGGUUGGCCAUCAGAGGACCACAGUGGCCUUCAUGGAGCGAAGACACAAAGAGCCCAUUCAGGAGCGAAUUCGAUUGUCAGCAGAGAGAGAUGCUGCUAAACCUAUGGUGGUCGGCCCUGAGCGCAGAGGAGGGAGGUGUCAUCCUGGAGCAGAGAGCACUGGAGCUCUGCUCAGAGCUCAGAGGAGUCUGUCUCCAGAUGGCCAUAGGUCGUCUUCUCUGCCUCCUCCAGCACAGCGAAACAUUCCUACAACUUCACCCACAAAGAGAGAAACUUUACUCAUGCCGCUGUCUGCCAAGUCCAGCCCUAAACGCUGUCCAACUGAGAAUUACUCCACUGCUUUUGGCCACAUGAUGCCGAGAGAGGAACACCUGGUCAGAAGGUUUGAAGGACAAUUUGACCAGAGACGCCAUUCAUUCCACAUCAGCACACCCCGGAAAAGACUCCAGUUUCCAUCACCUGAUGCAGAAGAUGACGUGCAGCAGCCCGAGUCGUCUGGUUGUGUGAAUCCACCUGAAGGUGACUCCCGGCUGGGCUGGGAGGAGCAGGGCGCUGACCUGCAGGUCUCCUGCGAGGAUUCCUCUCCACUGCACUCACUGGCCGACGCCGAGAGACUGUUUGAUGAGCUGACACAGGAAAAAUUACAGAUUGAAGCAGCUUUGAGCCGGAUGCCCGGAGCAGGCGGCAGAGUCAGCUUGCAGACCAGAUUAGAUGAGGUGGCCCUGGAGAACCGCCUGGAGAGACUGAACCGUCAGCUGGGAUCCAUCCGCAUGACUCUGAAGAGAUUCCACGUCCUCCGCUCCUCUGCUAACAUAUAGCGACGUCCGUCUCUGGUUUCUGUUCAGCACUGAUUUUCUAUCAGUCGUUCUCUGUGCCAUAAUCACUGUACAGAAAGCCCACGUCAACUUUUAUACACAUUUACUUAUUACUCUGGGAUAUUUUUUACAUGUUGAAGAUAUAAUAUAAUGUUAGAGUAUAUUUUCAGUAAUACACAGAUUUAUAAAGUCAUUUACUUUUUUAGCACAGACUAUUAAUAGGAUAUGUUUUUCUUGCCAUGUUCAUGUGAAUGCAGUUGACUUGAAUCAGCCGUUUCAAAGUAAAUGCGAAGGAUCAAAGAGUUUCCAGCAGAGAUUCAUCUUCCUGGGAAGUGUAACUGUCAUUCCUCCCUUCCUGUUUACAGAAAUGUUUUAAUUUUAUUUAUUUGAUAUUUUUGUACUUAAAUUUUCAUUUGGCACAUUUUACUUACAGAACAGAAUUUGGGACAAAUGAUCAAUCUUAAAGGGAAUAUUUGCAUACUUGAAUUAAACAGCUUUUUUUUUU